AUGCUGGAAGAGUUGAAUGAUCGUAAAACUGAACCGACAAGCAUCGAGCAAAACGAAUCGCUUGAUAAAGUCGGGAAAAAGUUGGUCGCUGAUCAUUUUCAAGGCGACGAAAACCCAAGCUUUGAUCAGGUACGAGAAGCGACAAUGAAGCAAGCAAAAGCUGCAAGAUUACCAGUGCAAGUCUGGGAAAAUUUUACUACCGGGAAUCCGUCUUCAUCCAUAGAACGACAAGCAUCAAAAAUCUAUCAUUUGGAAGUGCCACCACACUCUGAUGAAAUCAAAUUCGCUUCCGCUUCUUGC